AUGGCUGUGUUCUUAACUUCACUCUGCCCUCAAAGCCUCAGUACUCAGCACGGGCACCCAGCUGAUCACACUCCGGGAGCGACAGUACACCACACACCACUGACCACACACACACACCGACACAGCCACAGACACACACACCCACGCCAGAGGAAGCCACCUCCGAGGACACACACACAUCGUGUGACGGUGACACGUCUGCUGACGAGGACGGAGCCUGUCUCACCACACACUCCGCACACACACUCUCACACAUACUCCGGUGUGUCCGGCCUGCAGGACCAGCUGAAUCAGCUGGAGCAGAGCUGGACCGACCUGCUGGCGGAGCUCCCUGCAGUCCAGGAGAACGUUCAGCAGGUGCUGCUGGAGGAUGUCCAUCCCCAGGGGCUGCUGGUAGAGUUGUGUGCCCAGCUGGGGGAGGCCGAGUCCAGGCUGAACCAGCAGACCAGCAGCCUCCUCUGCACCCCCAGGAGCUCCUCACACCUCAAGCCCCUGCUCCACAGCUACAAGGAUCUCCAGGCGGACGUCUCUGCCCAGCAGUUCUCAGUGGACCUACUGAACCAGGCUGUUCUCCAGAUGGACGGCUCGGACACACACUUCCGAUACACACACACUCAGUUUGCCGAGGAGCUGGGAGACCUCAACCACCGCUGGACCCUCCUGCAGACCACACUCAAUUCACAGGUGCACCAGGUGGAGCAGCUGGUCAGUGAGUGUGCUGACCGGGAGGCCAAACUGCACUUCCUGCUGCGCUGGGUCAAAGGUCAACAAGACUGGCUACGAUUGGCCGAGAGGCCCAGCUGUCGAUCCGCUGCCGAGAGAAACGUGAAGGAGUGUGAGAUCCUGCAGGAGCGGGCGAGACAGAGGUGUGCUGAUCUGCAGAGUGUGUGUGAGGACCAGGCAGAGAGCCACACCGCCCAGAUGGACAGCCUCACACAGCGCUGUGCCGCUCUCAUUCAGCAGUGUGUGUGUGUGCAGAGUUCUCUGCAGCAGGUGUUGGUCCAGUGGGCAGUCUAUGAUGCGUCCCUGGAGAUGGUGACGCGACACACACUCGAGACCGCACACACACUUCAGCUCUGCUCCAGCCCACCCCUCUCACUGCCCUCACUCCAGGCCAACACUGAUAGGCUACAGCUCUCACAAAAGGCAAGUGAGGAGAUGGGCCAAAAGUGGGAGGAGCUUGAGCAGGCUCUCUCCGCCCUUGUGGGCCUCAUCGAUGCAGACUCCGCCCACGCCCUGACAGAACAGCUGAAGAUGGAGAGAACACAGUGGUGUGAAGUGAAGCGGAGGCUGUCAGCUGAUGUCCAUCAGAGUGUGUGUGUGAUGGAAACGUGGCAUCGUUAUGAGUGUGUGUCAGAGCCGUGCGCUCAGCGCCUGCAGUUGUACAGAGAAAAGCUGAGCGCUCUCACACACCACCAACACACUCCACCAGACCUUACUGACCACAUACACACCACUCAGACCCUGCAGGAGAACUUAGACCGCCUCCAGGAUGAUCUACAGGAGGAGAUCGAGGCUACCAAGGCUCUGAUUGGACAGCUGGACCCAUCAUCUGCCGUCUUCAUCCAAUCACAGAGCCGCUUACUGUCACGUGGAGUGCUGCAGCUGGCACAAGCCCUAUCAGUGAAGAGAGGAGAGUUGCAGGAGGACUUGAGGCAGCUGCAGGAGUUUGACUGUUUGUUUUCAACUCUAGAGAAACAUCUGGAAGACUGGCACAGUACAGAGAGCAUCUCAGAGUCACAGCUUACUGAUGUAGCAGAGUCUGGGCUGCUGGACCUUAGUGCCCUCUCUCCAGACUUGGAUUGGCUGAAUGACCUCAGCUACACCCGCCCUCUGAGUGAGUCCACCAAUCAGAGGCUGCAGAAUCUGAACAGGAAGUGGGCAGAAGCCUCUGCUCGCGCCCUGGAGAGAUGCAGUGAGCUGCAGGCUGAGUGUCUGCAGCAGCAGGGUUUUGAGCAGCGUUGUGAGAGCUGGAUGAGUUUCCUGCAGCGCAUGGAGGACAACCUGGCCGUGGAGCUGCCCCACAACUACACACUCCUCAGAGAACAGCUACACACACACCAGCGGUUCCAGGCCGAGUUGUCUCUUGGUCAUCAGAUUCUGCACUCUGUGAUUCAUGAAGCACUACGCCUGUUAGAGAGGGGAGAGGUGGAGGACAGAACGGACUUCCUGCUGAAGCUUGCGCAGCUGCGUGAGCACUGGCAGGGGGCGGUGCAGCGGUCAGCCCAGCGGCGCGCCCUGGUGGACGGUCUGGUGCAGCACUGGCACCUGUACAGACACGGCCUCCGCAAGCUACGCAAGCUCCUCCCCAUCAGCCACAUGCUCCUCCCCCCCACAGGCCCCUCCCACUGUAGUGUGGCACAGCUCCGCCUUGCUCUGCAGAACCUGAAGAGCUAG